CAUCAAACAAAACAAAAACGUGCGAAAUAUUGCCGGUUUGUGUGAUUCGCGUUUUCUUAAAAUUCAAGUUAUUAGUUUCCUAAGCCAAUCUCAGGAAUAAAUCCAUUUGAAAACAAUUAGUGAAACAAAGUGAUGUGAAGGCAGAUUACAUUAUCCGGAAAUUUACUUGUUUGUAGCGGUGCCCGCCAAAAUGUCGUCUUUGUCCAUUCUGGAUCGCGAUCUGUGUGGGAUCCUGGCCGAAAUGCGGUCAGAUAAAAUAACACAGCGGCAGAAGGCAUUCGAAAAGCUGGAGUCAAUAUUGGUGAAUCGUGAAGAUGACAUACUACGGUAUAUGAGCGAGGGGAAGUUUGAUAACAGUUGGCAAGAUCUGCUGGAGGCUGCUCAUCAUGGUAUUCAGAAACAGAACAGAAAAAUGGUCGAACCAGGUGCUGCCUCAGGAGCUCUUGCCGAAAGUAAAAGCUACAUCUACAUAAAAGUUAUACAGAAAGUGGUAGAUUUGGCUAUGACUAAAGGUGGACCUCAGCUUAAGUUUUCAGAUCUUAUCCAUCGAUCCUUGCAUGUUCUGAGCGACGACAAUAUGUUACAGUAUUUCGGGGUUUGCUAUCUGCAAAUUCUUCAAAAAUACGUUCUCAAUUCUAAAUGGGAUCUUACUGUGAUAACGUUCGAUGAAUGGACAGCGAUCAUCACCAAAUGCUUCGAACUAUACGAUGAUCAGCGCAUAGCCAAGCAAACUGUCGUAUUUUGCCUUGCAUUGGGGGUUCGGAAAAGUUUGGAAAACAGUUCUGUCCAAGGACAUUUUGUGAAGUACUUGAACCAACUCGCUAGAAUGAUAAACGAUUGUGGCCGCGAUAAAUCAUUGCAGGAACUUAUCCGGGUUGCCUACAUCUGUGUUUUGAAUCUGGCAGUUGACUAUCGUUACGAGAUUUGCAGUUUUACCGAAAAAAUAGGUCAACGGCUGGUUAAAGCUUACGAAGCUAAACUGGAAGAUGAUGCCAAAGCCACAUUGUUUAGGUUAAUGCAUCUGUCGGUUCUGGUGCAUAAUCCGGAAAAAUCCAGCACUGAAUGGAGAUCUAAUGAGAGUAUUUUUUUCGCUACGGAUCGAGCUGAAUGGUUCAAAUGCUUAAGGAAUUUCUAUUUUGUUGUGGGCAAUGAGCUAAAAGCACAUGUUUCAGCUUCAAAAAAUGCUGUCGGAGGACGAGAAGUUCCGUUUGUUGGAACCUUUCUGGACUUUGCGUCGCGAUUAUGUUAUGUGAUGUUUUGGCAUGAUGAGGUUUGGAACCAAGGAGAUACAGAACAGGGUGGUUGUGCAAAGAAAAUUAAGCGAGCAAAUAAACUACAAAGUAUUAUAGAUUUAGUUGAAUCGUGUGAAAGUGGUGAACUAAACUGGCGGUGGAUGGUCAUCUUAGCCGCGAUCAUUCAACGAUGUCCAGCUUUGUUGGAAGUAGAAGAUUAUCAGCCACUGCUGAAUCUUUUAAGUAGUAUGCAGCCAAAACUACACCUUUCCUCUCAGUUAAAAGCCUUUCAUAUAUGUUGUUCAAAGCUGUUGGAACUGGAGAAAACAGACAACUUUAUAAAAUCCUCUAUGAUCGAUAGCAAGUUUUGCGUAAAUUUAUGGCACAAAAUUACUGAAACGGCUUUCCGUUCCAGUACAUCAAGCAGUAAAACAGCAGCCGAAAACCAUUUGAUUUUACAGCUUCUGAUAAGUAAUAGGAAAUUUCCAUCGAUUGCUUUCAUAACGGGAGUGUUGAAUGCCUUCCAUUCAUACUCAAUCGAUCGUACAAAUGCUAAUGUUGAAACUAUACGGGUGAUUUUACAAACCAUUCCACUAGAUGCUCUUGGGGAUGUUCUUGAGAUCGUAGAAAAACUGUUCAACUAUCUGUUCCCUAAGUCACGUGAUGUUCAAACCAAAGGAAUUCUACACAAUCGGGAGCGUUUAGACGCUCGUUUAGUUGCUGAUAUUGUUGUUUUGUGCGCAGUUACUAAACACGAAGAAAAGCAUAAAAAUGAACAUGAUAAAGAUAGUAGCCUCUAUCUCGGAAACGAUAAAUACAUUGAAAGCAACGCUGAAUUCAGUGAAUUAGAGGAUAACAUUUUAUUGAAGGCGUUGGAAAAACUGAUUGUGGUCAAUAAGAAACAUAUUUCAGAGAACACAAACCUAACUUAUUACAAUAUUCACGAGAAACACUUCGAAAUGCUUUGCGCUGCUUUGAACUUUGAGAAACACAUAUUACCAGUAGAGAAUGAUUGUCUGUUCAAAGGUUUAAUCAAUAUAAUAGGUGAUGUUGAACUUUACAUCUAUAUUCUGAACCUACUGUUGACGCAUAAAGCUUUAAAUAGUGCAUCAUUUGAAAAAUGCCUGAUUACUAAAAAAAUAACCUUUAAGUUCCAAGAAAUGGAAUUAGGAUUCGAAAGGCUUAAGUCCCUGUCAACAGCCGAGAUGAACGAAAUGGCAGUGCGAUUGCGAUCCAUUUUCGAAGGACCUCACCAUGAGUGUAUCACACAAGUCCUUAAGGGAACCAACUUUUCCAACCUAUUCCAAUGGAUUUUCAACCAUGCCCGUAUGUUGCCAAAUCAGGAUUCACGCUACGUUCAAUCACUUCAGUUAGACAGUCUUAACAAAGAACAAACGAAUCAGCACAUUCUACUGCUUAUACUGGUGCAUUACUUGAAAUAUGAUGGAGUCAACACGAAUGAAGUCAGGGCAUACAUAGAAAAACUGGAAUUUAAUAUCUACAAUAAUUUGGAUUUAUUUCAUGUAUUCGAUAUCUGCAAAGUUUUUUGUACCCACAAAUCAACGUUCUUCGCUGCCGAUUGGGUUCUCAACUAUCUGAAAGAUAUUUGCCGAACUCACCACACUAACAGUGCCAUAACGGAGUCCAUCAUUAAUAUAUACUCGGAUUUUGUAAUUUUCGUGAAUGCCUAUGAUGGAUUGUUCAAUGAUACAAAUACUGUAUUGCUCUCAUUCAUAAAGAAAGCAAAUAAAAAGAUUUACUCUACUCGGCUCCAAAAAAAGAUCUACGACCAAGUGAAGUACCUUAGCCGAGCCUAUCCAGAGUAUUACGAAUCUCAUCAAAGUAUUUAUGUCCGAAUGGUUGCGUUAAUUGACAGUCCAUAUUUAUGCAUCAAAAUGAGUGCAGUAAGCAACUUACUACAUUUGCUAUGUGAUGGCUGGGUAUUCAACACAGAUAAAACGAGCAACGAAUUUUCAAGCUUUCAGCACAAACUUUUCAAAAGCGCUCACCUAAAUGUAGAUGACCUACUCAACAAAGAUGAAAAAGAAUCACAAGUUGCAGCAAUUUUUCAUUUGAUUUGUGGAACGGCUUGCAACAGUUACCAUCUACGAAAAUCAGUCUUGUUGAAUUUAAUCGAACAAAGUCAUAUCCAUAAUUUGCCAAAAGAUAAAGUACAAAAUCUCCUAAAAUUGUUGAAUCAGGCAUCAGGUAUUGAUUUUACAACCCUAAUUCAUCAACACAUGGGAAAUAUUACGAAUAUGUGGAUCUCGAAAGGUUACACUUUAAAAUCGAUACCAUGGCACUUUACCACAGUCGGAUCUUUAGAAGAGUUUAUAAAUGUAUUUCAAAAUGAGCUGACCUUUUCCAUACUGUGUCACAAGCCUUCCGAUUUGGUGUCAUUUGCCCAAAUUGUUGGUAAAAGUCCACAACGAAUGAUAGAGCAAAUUCAAGAAAAAUGCUUUGCUUUUAUAGCUCCAGUAACAGCAAACUGUGAAGGGUUAUCCCUAGAGUAUGAACAAAAGGUAAAGCUCGUAGAAACCACAAUCAAAUCCUUUCUUAGUACCGAUAGGAUAGUUUCUAACGGCCAAUCUAUCUUGGCUGUGUUGAAAUUUUUCUUCGAACAUUUGUUCGACAACGUCAAACUGUUUGAAUUGUGCGAACGAGAAGUUUACGUUGUUGACGAGUCGUACAUCUUAAAUGGGAUCAACUUUCAAAAAUGUCUGGAACAUUUUAAACGUAUGUUCAGUACUUCGACGAAGCACUCACUGUUAACGUAUCUGUGUGUGAAGAAGCCAUCAGUAAUAGAACAAACUCUUUUCUGUUUGAAAAUCGAAGUUUACGAAACCGAUAUCGUUGAAGAAAAAAUGAUCAUUCUCUACCGCGUUUUCUAUAUGAUUAAUCAACUGUCUGAAUACUUCAGCCAAGAACGGAUUACUGAUAUGAAAGAGUAUCUCAUUCGCGAUUUAUCUUAUUUUUUAUGCAAUACUAUGAUGAGUUGUAAGUCGUUGCAACUGUUCAUUAUCAAUGGAUUACACAAAUUUCUUUCAAAGGUAAUCCCAACCUGUGCGGAAUAUUUGACAUCACAUUUAAAUUUCAUAGUUUCAUCCCUGCUCGCGAUCUAUGACUACGAUUCGUCAACCAAAUGCAAUCAAAAAAUUAUCGCCAUCCUCGAAAUGAUAGUUAUUGAUAAUCUCUCGGCGUUCGGAGAUGGUAUUAAAAAGUUGAACUAUUUCCCAUCGGAUGAAGUUUUCACACGACUUAGACAAACUCUCGAGAGACACAAAGCUUCUCGCUACAAGCUGAAGUUGAGCGAAGAUAUAAAAAGUAUCAUUGACCUUCCAAUGCUGAAAUAUGAAGAAUUAGCUGCACUACGAUCAAUGUUAGUCGAAAGGAAGGAUGAAUUGUGUGAACUGUGCGAAGAGCUUGAAGCAUCGAACGGCUUCUCGGAAGAUUGUUUCGAGAACGUGCUUCUAAAGUUGAUAAAUAUUCUGUUAGCUGAGGUACAAAGCAGUUCUGAUGAAAAACAGACGGUGGAAGCGCUGCGCUGUUUAGGCGAAAUAGGCCCAAUCGAUUUGUCAACGAUGUUACUGCAAUCAGAUACCAAGUCUAUCAACUAUGAAAGCUAUGACGAUUUCGAGAAAGCCGAAGAAAAAUUCGUUCAAAUAAUGUUGAAGGAAUUGAACCGCCUAUUGGUUUAUGGAAAAAUUAAAGUAUCGGAAAAAGCAUCGGCAGCAUGCUAUCAUGUCCUACAGAAUCCUACCUAUCGUAAUCUUGCCUUACAUUUACGUACCCUUUAUCCAUACACGACAUUACCUGAACAGAAUGUUAGAAUGUUUACGCGCCCCCAAACUACUCUCAACUUGGUCACAAAAGUGGCUGGAAACGAAUCGAAUUUUCAUUCCUUCACUCGAUCGCUGGCGACAACCCUGUUGGAUUCGCUUCAAGACAAAGUUAUCAGAUCUUUGGCUGAAGAUGAGAUAACAUUUGCCUCCGAAAUUGUUCCUAUACUGAUUCAAAUAAUUCUGAGCACAUUUGAAGACAAUCUUUAUAAGAGUAUUGAAGAUUUCAUUAACAAUUUUUUUUCUAAAUUUUCAAAAGAAAGUGAUGUUAGCAAUCUCGAAACUGUUCAGCUUAUGUUGAAGAUUGCAGAAUGCGUUCGUAUAAACAAUCAAAGCUACAGUGAUCAUCGUAUCCAGCUUAAUUACCUGCAACUAGCUGCCGCCAGCUUGCAAUGCCAAGCUUAUUUUAAAACCAUUUUGUACUGCGAACUAUGGGUUCUCGAUCAGCGCGAUGCGGGUGUAUUAGAUAUCGAUCUAACUGCUAAUGCUCACUUCAUGACAAUUAUGAAAACAGCUCACUUGUCUAUCGGAGUGGAAGAUGCGGCAAAGGCAUUUCUCGAUCCUAUUGUGUCCAGGAGUGAGUAUUAUCAACUGGAAAGGAAAUUCAGCCAAAGUCUGCUUUACUACGACGUCGCUAUCGGCGGUAAAUCUACAUCCGAGAGGAUGGCCUACGCUGAGGCUUUGAAAAGUUCUCAUUUAUAUAGACUAGCUAGCAUAACAGUGGAAAGUCUUAAAACAGAUUACGAAUGUGCUUGGCGUAUGGCAGAUUGGAAUGUUGCUUUGGAUUGCGACAAUCAACCAGAUAAAACAUUUGAUUGGCAUCGCGUGUUUGAUAAACAGCACUACAAAGCAUUAAAGUGUCUAGAACUCAAAGAUGAAAAUGCUGCUGAAAGCGCCGUUUUGGAAUGCCGAAAAGCAAUAUCACAAGUACUGCAAAUAACUAGCAUGGAAUCAUCUCAGAACAUUUAUCCAUUGUUAUGCAAACUUAGGCAACUUCAACAGAUAGAAGAUUUCAUGAAUGUUCAAUUUUAUAGAGUUAUAGAUGGAGAACAGGAGCUUUUGAACAAGUGGACUCUUCACGAUAAGCUACCAUACGGAGAGUUUUGUUUCAUGGAAACGAUUCUCUCGCAGAGGAUAGCAAUACUUAAAACUGCUCGAGUAAGGGCCUUACGAAAAUGGGUUCCAGACGCUUUGAAUCAAGCUGUCUUUCAGUUGAUUCACGAAGCACGUAUCGGAAAUCACUUUGAUGUAGCAACGGCCAAUAUUCGAGUGAUGCUGCAACAAAGUCUGACAGAUAAUGUGAAAGCUUUGGUAAUGCUCGAAGACGCACAAUUAAAUUGGGCUAUUGGCGACAAAUAUCUUUCCAAGAAACUAGUUAAUGAAGUUGUCGCUGGCCGUAAGUGCAAGGACCUGAUGAUUAACGCGGCUGCUUAUCGAAUCUAUGGAACUAUAUUGGCGGAAACUCAUGCUGAAGAUGUGCACAGUCUCCACAAAAAUUUCUUCAAGCAGUCAGAAGCGCUGGUAGAAGAAUCUUUGAGACAACAGGCCAGUCAAAAAGAAGGACCUACAGAUAUAAUUCAUAUGAGCAAGUGCCUAGAAAGGGAUAGAAAUUUCAUCGUUCUGCAUACUGUAGCAAAAUAUGCUGAUCGAGAAUUCAUUCGGCUAAAAAAUCACUCAAUAUCUGCAGAGUUUAAAACUAAAAAAAUUAACCUUGAAAAAUUGAAACAAGAACUGAUAAUGAUGGAAGCCGAACAAGCCAAAUUGAAAGAAUCGGACAAGGAAAGGUUGACAAAUCUGAGGCGAGCAAAGAUUUCAGCAAAACAAAACGCAGCACGAGAUGAAGAGGCUUUGAACACAAUGAUGUCAAACAUGGAGAACUAUCUCAAAAUGGCUCUACUCUAUUACUCUGCGUAUACUCGGAAGUCUAGUGUGGAAAGUGAUCUUGCUGUUUUUCGGAUUAUAGCACUGUGGUUGGGUAAUCACAGUGAUACGAUUUUGGCCAAUAUCAAUGAAGCGUUGAAAGUUGUCCCAACCUACAAAUUUAUUCCAGUAUUACCGCAACUAGCGCCUCGUUUGAAUAAUCGAACCGAUGGCAUUGGGCGAAUUGUAUUUGAAACUUUAGAAAGGUGUGCCAACGAUCAUCCACAUCACACGCUACCACAUAUUUUAGCACAAUUUUUUGCGUUUGCUGAUGUUGAAAGUAAAAACGUGCCCAAGGAUGACGAACGUCUUCUGGGUGCCCAACAGCUGCACAAAAAACUCAUAAAAAAUUCCAAAAUCGCACAAAUUGUUAAUCAAAUGACCGAAAUGAAUAUGGCCUUGAUUGAAAUGGCCAACCGUACGCUUGGCAGUGCGAGAGGAUUCAGCGAGUACAAAAUGAGUUCACGAGAUGCAUUGCACAAGUGCAAGAAUUUCGAUAAGAUACAUUGUUCAACUGUUGAACUAAAAGUCAAAGAAAAUGGGAUUUAUGAUAACAUAAUAGGCGUUCAUAGAUGGGAUGACAACAUCCAGGGUGUUGGAGGAAUCAAUGCACCGAAAAAGUUGAAAUGCCACUGUCUGGACGGGUUAGAGCGUACUCAAUUGCUUAAAGGCAAGGAUGACAUGCGCCAAGAUGCAGUCAUGGAGCAGGUUUUCAAUAUACUUAAUGUUCUAUUAAGGAAUGAUAGAGAAGCAAGCAAAACGAAGCUAACAGUUCGAACUUAUAAAGUUGUUCCUCUUUCUCGACAAAGUGGAAUUCUUGAAUGGUGUUCCAAUACUUUACCUAUUGGAUCGUGGCUUAUAACGGCACACGCACGAUACAGGCCGAAGGAUAUUAAUCCAUUGGAAGCUAGGAAAGCUUUCGCCGAAUUGGCCAAAUCUUCGGUUCGAACAAAGCAGGAAAAAUACCUAAAGAUUUGUCAACAAUUACAUCCCGUUUUCCAGCAUUUCUUCCUAGAAAAGUAUCUUGUACCGGGCACGUGGUUCGAACGUCGAUUGUGUUACACCAAAAGUGUUGCUGUGUCAUCGAUGAUCGGGUACAUUCUAGGAAUAGGAGAUCGACAUGUACAAAAUAUUUUAGUAGAUCAAAAGUCAGCCGAAGUGAUUCACAUUGACUUUGGGAUUGCGUUUGAAUUGGGCAAGAAUUUGCCGACUCCAGAAACAAUUCCUUUCAGGUUAACUCGGGAUAUCGUGGCCGGAAUGGGUGUUAGUGGAAUUGAAGGGGUAUUCAAGAAAGCAUGUGAAAAAACUCUAGAUAUUUUGCGAAACAAUCAUGCUCCGAUAAUGACUAUUCUCGAGGUUCUGCUCUACGAUCCAUUAUAUACAUGGAAUGUUCUCUCCAAUAAAAAAGCUGCCCGCCGUCAAAUGGCCGAAUUAUACGGAGCCGAAGGAACUGUCCUGGGCAGUUGCAGUGGAGAUGGAGUCAACAUAAGUGCAGAACGUGCUCUAUUGCGAGUUAGCGAUAAGUUGAAUGGCAAAGAAGAUGAAAAAUUCAUUUCUGUCGAAGGGCAAGUAGAAAGGUUGAUUUUUGCGGCUACAAGUACUUUGAAUCUGUGUCAGUUGUUCCAGGGUUGGCAGCCUUAUCUAUGAAACAGUACGUGCUCAAAAACCAAUAUAUCACAAGGUACAUAUUUAUUGUUUUUUUUUUGUAGUUUCUUUGAUUUUAAUAUUUUACUGUUUGACAUUUA